UUCUUCCGGGGAGAAUCCAUCACCAUCACCAUCAUCACCAUCGUCAUCGUCAUCAUCAUCCCAACAGUGAUCAGGGAAGGCUGUGGGAAUUUAACUUCCUCUUGCGUUGUUUGAGUUGUUUGACUUGGCUUUAAUGAGGCUUUAGUCACAACUUUCUAGGCGAUGUCACAACGCGCGAACGAGGCUCUCUGAUGUAACGUCAUUUAUGAAUUAAUCACGACUCAAAUCCAGUUUUGCCGUAGUUUGAAAAUGUGAGUCAUCGCCCGCCCGCCCCCAAGCUUCCCCGACUAUAAAACUGGACGUGGCUCGGAUGGUCGGCGAAGCGGAACUGAUUGGAGCAAAAGUGCGACAAUGGAGUUUUUCACUUUAGCGCUGUUUACACUUUUCUCCUCAGUUUACAGCGUGUUGGCGUUGUCUCCUCCAGGCGCGUGUCUGCUUGAAGUGGACGAGGGACCCUGCAGAGGAUCCAUUGAGCGCUACUUCUACAAUACCAUGACCCAAAAGUGCGAGAUAUUCUUCUACGGAGGCUGCCAGGGGAACGACAACAGGUUUAAGAGUUAUGAGGAGUGCCAGAAAUCGUGUUUCAGAAUCCCAAAGGUUCCCCAAAUCUGCAGGUUUCCCAAAGAGGAGGGACCCUGCCGCGCCCUCUUUCGCAGCUACUUCUUCAACAUGACCAGCAUGCGGUGUGAGCCCUUCUACUACGGCGGCUGCGAGGGCAAUUCCAACCGCUUCCCAGACCUCACCGCCUGCAAGGAGUACUGCAGUCCACGAAAAACUGUUCCUGUGCUCUGCCUGGACUUUCUGGACAAAGGCAGGUGCUCAGCCUCCUUUCCUCGCUAUUACUACAACACAGCCACCAAGGCGUGCGAGGAGUUCAUCUACUCCGGCUGCGGAGGGAGCAGCAACAAUUUUGUCUCGAAGCACAUUUGCAUGGACGUUUGUGUUAAAGGAGGGAAAAAACACAGAAUCCAGAGCAGAGGUCGUCACAUGAGACGGAAUAGAAAUAAUGGGAUCACUUUCUUACAGGCCUAGAUGUCUGCCACCCUCUCCUGGACAAGCCCUUUUAAGGAAACAUGAUAAACUGACUGUUUUGUGCCAAACGGUUGACGAGCUUUUCUUUGUUGUUACUAGAGUCAUUCACAGUGGCACAUUUCCAAUGUGUUCAUAUGUAAUGCUUUAUGAGCAACUUCAAAUGUGAUUUUAAUGAAGUUUAUUACUGCACUAAUGUUCUCGAUUGUGUAUUUUGAUACUGUAUGUGUCUAUCAUGUGUUGUAUAAGCAAUUUAAACAUGUUUAUUUGCCCAACUAUUUUAUAAGUACAUUGAUUUUGAUAAAAAAAAUAUAUACAGAAUUGUA